AUGAAUAAGGAAUACAAUUCAAAUGACAAGCACGGCCAUCAAAAGCAACAUUUUCCAUUUACAAAGGCCGCAUCUGGACCAGAAGCUCCAAAAUUCCCAUAUCGUGAUCCACGUCAUUAUGUCGAUCCAGCUGCUGACUUCCCAAAGAAAUCAUCUGUGGGAUAUACAGCACAGCUCACUUUAAAUCAACCACAUCCUCAUCUUAACAACUGCCACUCACCUGAAUUGCCGACAUCUCAUCCAUGGUUUGAACCAUCAACACCUUAA